ACAUUUUAGUUCUAUGCCGUCUUAUGCGUCGUAUGAAUUACCUUCUGAACCCUCAGAAUAUCCCUGUCGUAAUGGAUGCUAAAGUUCAUCUGACUGUAUUUUACCCUACUAGAUCUCACCGGUGCAUUCAGUUAUAACUCGGUGCAUGCAGUAACCUCCUCCUUGUUGAUGGAUUAAAACCAAUUCAUUCAGUUAUAUAACGUUGAAGCAUUAUGAAACUAGUCCAUUUUGUUGUUUCUUUCCAGACAAUAUGGAGUUUUAGUGGACCCAUAUUUUUUGAGUGAUGUCACAAUUGAAUAUGGUUGAGAUGUGGGUAUGCACUAGGAAUUUGGCCACCGGAUAGUUAAAAGACUCGCAUGAAGUAGAUAAAGUUAUGACACAGUUGAGUAAUGCCACAGUGAUAGAGCUUUUAAUCUGUUAGUGGCAAUGCUUUGCGGUCAUGUUGAUGCACUUUUGAUGUCCUCGUUUCGUGUUUCUUGGUAAAUUUUUCGUGGCCAACCAGCUGAAAAAACACAAGGCUGAUGAGACAUUCAAAAUGCUUCAUUUUAUGCUCUUUGGUAUCUCAAUUUCAUUUGCGAUCCAUAUUCAGCUUUUGAGUUUUGAUUAGAAACUUCUGGGUGCAUAUUGCAUUUGUGCUCUGAAGAAUGUAGUUCUUUCUGUAUUUUAGACAGAAAAAUGCGAACUUUUUGGGCAUUCAAGAUUAACCUUUCCAAAUUCUCCGUGGCAUGAGAGAUCCUUUGAAAGGCUAGGUAUUUAAUCUUUGUUUAGGUGUCUGUUGUUCUUUUCUAGUUCCAAUUCUGGGGGAAGUUGAUUUUAACUCGGCAAGUCCAGAAACAUUUUAGGUCUAUGCCUGUCUUGUACGCACCAUAGUUAGUAUGACUUCCGUUUCGAAGUGGUGUUAUUUCUGCUUGUGUAAUUUGGGAAGUUUUUGUACUAUGAAUUACCUUCUGACCCCUCAGAAUUUCCCUUUCGUAUAGGACGUUAAAGUUCACCUGACAGUAUAUUAUCCUAGUAGAUCUCACUGAUGCAUUCAGUAACUCCUCCUUGUUGAUGGCUUAAAACUAUUUCAUUUCGUUAUGUAGUUAAAGAAUUAAAUGUAGAUAAAGAGCCAUACAGGUCGCGGGGAUGACUGCAACUUGAUAACCUCUCAGAUAUGCCAGCAGUAUCAUUUGUACCUUUCCAUUCUUUCCUCCACAAUCAUCAGAGAGGUCGUUUUGAGUCAACAUUGUAGUGAAGUUCCCAUUUGGUGCUUGGAAGGUGGGACCAGUCCUACAGUCAAUUCCCUGUUGACUAGUCUAAAACAUCACAUUUAGCCAAGAAGUCCUUUUCUUUGUUUGGUAGAAAAUUCAACUCAUGAGUAAUUCAUUUGACCGAAACACAUGGUCUAGAAUAAUCUAAGUUGAGCUAUGAUAAUUAAUGAGUUAUAUGUUGCUGAUCUUUUAUCAUCAAUUCAAGAACUUCAUAAUGGCACCACCUUCUAAAUUUAGCAUCAUCUUUUUCUUGAUCUUAAUGUUCCACACCUAUGUUUGUAUUGCACAGGAGAAUAAUCUGGAAAGAUACGAGAAAUGUCAAAGAAAGUUUGUGUGUGGAGAUAGUGUAGACGUAGGCUAUCCAUUUUGGGGACGCCAUUAUAGUAUCGGUGAUAAGUCUCGGCCUGAAUACUGCGGGCUUUUAAAUUAUAGGCUGGAUUGUUUAGAUGGGGAUGUAGCACAAAUAGUAAUUUCAGGAGAAUCAUAUCGUGUCUUAGAGAUUAAUACAGAAACCAAAGUUAUGAAUAUUACAAAUACUGCUUUUGUGGGUUAUGAAUCUUAUGGUGCUUGCCCAUUUGAAUAUCCGAUCCCAAAUUUUGAUUCGGUCGAUUUCAAAUUGGCUCAAGAUGUUGAUCAGCUGACUCUUUACUCUGAUUGUGUUAAAAUUCCAGAUCAGCUUACCUUUCGGUUCAAGUGUCUAAUUUACGGUUCACCUACAAGAGAUGCUUACUUUUGGUUCGACAUGGCUCCUGGUGUUCCUCCAGAUUUCUCAUCCUGCAACAAAACUGUGAAAACUCCAGUUAUGCUUACAGCUCUAAGAGAUCUUACCACUAACCCGGAAAUACUCCCUGCAGUUAUAAAGCAGGGCUUCAACGUGACUUAUUUUAAUGCUGAAAGUGAUAUUGGCAUCGGCAUGUGUUUACGUUGCAGAAAUUCUGGUGGAACAUGCGGAUCCAACACUACAGAAAAGAUCCCAACCUGUUUUUGUCCAGAUGGAAGCAUUAGAGAUGCAUGUCUCAAUCCACCUUCUGUAACGUCUCCUGCUGCCAAGUUUAAGAAAUUGAAGAAAAUUUCAAUAGGUGUAGUCGGUGCAUUUGGUGCUCUUGGAAUCAUACUAUCUAUUCCCAUAAUGAUAUAUUUCCUGAGAAAGAAGCAUUCAUCACGUGAUGGUUUGGAGGCUUUCUUUAAAACCCAUGGGUCCUUAGCUCCAAAGAGAUACAGUUUCAAAGAUGUCAAGAAAAUGACUAAUUCCUUUAAAGAGAAACUUGGCCAAGGAGGCUAUGGUUCUGUCUUCAAAGGUAAGCUUCAUGAUGGUCGUCUGGUUGCAGUAAAGGUAUUAUUCAGAAAUAUGAAAACUAAGAACGCCGGUUUAGAAUUCUUCAAUGAGGUUGCAAGCAUUAGUAGGACUUCCCAUGUUAACAUUGUUGCUCUACUUGGUUUUUGUUUUGAUAAGCGAAACAAAAGAGCUCUUAUCUACGAAUUUAUGCCUAAUGGUUCUCUUGAAAAAUUUAUCUUUGGUGAAAAAUUGGCCAUAUCAGAAGAAGAUCUUGUCUUUGGAUGGGAAACAUUUUAUCGAGUUGCAAUUGAAAUUGCUCGUGGACUUGAGUACUUACACCGUGGUUGUACAACGAGAAUUGUACAUUUCGACAUAAAACCUCAUAACAUUCUCCUGGACAAGGACUUUCAUGCUAAAAUAUCAGAUUUUGGACUAGCCAAGCUUUGUUUAGAAAAAGAGAGCAUCAUAUCUAUGUCUAGAGCAAGAGGAACUGCUGGUUACAUUGCUCCAGAAGUAUUCAAUAGGAACUUUGGGGGUAUUUCUAACAAGUCAGAUGUGUAUAGUUAUGGAAUGAUGAUACUAGAAAUGGUUGGGGGCAGAAAGAACAUUGAUGUGAAUGUGGGAAUAGACCAUCUUUCCCAACUAUAUUUUCCACAUCGUAUCUAUGAUCGUAUCAAGCUAAACCAGGAUCUUGGGUUGCAUGGGAUUAUGACCGAUGAAAGAGAACAGGCUGCCAAGAAGAUGAUUAUUGUGGGUUUAUGGUGCAUACAGACGAAUCCAUUAAGUCGGCCUUCGAUGAGUAAAGUGUUGGAAAUGUUGGAAGGAAGCCUGGAAACCUUGGAGAUUCCACCAAAACCGUUUUUGUCGUCUCCCCCAAGAUCACUCCAGCCAUCAACUUCUUCUUCAACCAGCGCUUCAUCUCCCCCAAGAUCACUCCAGCCAUCAGCUUCUUCUUCAGUCACCGCUCAGUGUCAGACAUCAUAACAUGGAAUUACGGGCAUAAUUCUUGUAAGCAUAAUAGAAAUUACAGUAUGUGUAAAAUAAAUAUGCAGAUGCAUUUCAAUGUACUUCAUGGCUUCAUGAUCAAUAUAUGAGCUAGGCAUAAUUGGGUUACAUUGUCGGUUAAACUGUUUAGCUCGAUUAUGCUGAUUCACA